AUGGCAGCCCCUGGCGGGGGCACAUCAUCCCCAAAGUGGGGAUCGCCGUCUCCGCCGCCCCCUGGGUGUCCAGGCGGUCGGCAGCCUGGUCCCACUGGAGCCGGUGGGACCACAAACUCCCCGGCAGGGAGCCACCCGCCGCCCACCCCCACGAAGGGUCCCCCUCAGCAGAGCUCCGGUCCCGGCUCGUUGCGCCCCUCAGCGCUGGCGGGGGCAUCUCGCAUCCCUCCCACUGCUCUCUCCCUGGGGCAUGAUUUUGGUCUGCUCGUUUUGUCGUUGGUGUUACUCUGUGUUGUAUUUAUUGCUCAUCCAGAAGAUCCACUUACAUUUUUAGAAGAAAAGCUGAGAGAAAUAAUGGCAGAGGGAUUAGAUACUUUCUUUACAUCUGUCCUGAGUUCACAGCAAUUAAAUUUCAGCUGUUUCCUCUUUGCUGACUAUUCAAUGGCUAAAAAAUUGUGUGCAAAAGAAUUGUGUGACUUUUACAGCAGAAACUUAAUGAAGCUUUAUUUUGGAGGAUGGAUAAAAUAUAAUAUGCUGGAAAGGAAUGAGAAAAAAGCCAGGAAAAUGGCUCUACAAUAAGUCCAUUAUAAUAUCUAAAUAUUAAAAGUUAUUAUACAGAAGUGGAACAUGUGGGUGUAGACUGACAAGGAAAAAACCACAUUCUAUUUAAAUCUGUUGUAUAGAGAUAGUACUAAUUGAACUCUAAGACUAUUGACAAGAAGCUUCCCUAGUUUACAGUAAAUGAGUUUGGCUCACUGCAGAAAAUUCACAGACAAAGGUUUACCGUACCUGGACUCUUGAAAAGGCUGUCACAAGAUCAUCUGUUUGGAAAUUCCAGGUUGCAUUCAGGUUUGUACUGGUGUCUUCAAAAAUACUGCCAAUGGCUGAAACUGGAGUCAAGAUUUGCUAAUCAGCAAAAUGUUAACUCUUACAGACAGAUGUAUUUAAGCUGUGGUUGAAAAAUGUCAACAGGUAAUGUCUGUUAUCUUUCUUGACUCUCCAAAACUUUCUCACACAACUUUUAAAGCCCUUGCAGAAUGUAAACUUUUGAAGGUCAGCACUGAAGGUUAGAAUGACCAAAAUACUGAUUUAGGUUUCAAGCUGAUGAGUAAACGCUGUCUGUACAUCAGGCACAUUCAUGUGGCUGAUUGCCAGUAGAUUACAGAGGCUGGUGUUAAGAUGAUUUCACCAUUGAAGCAUAUCCAUGUACUGAAUAUGGCAGACUGCACAAGGCCAUUUGUACAAGGUUCUUCAGGAGCUAAGCUAGGAGAGCUGAGUGUUAGCUGCAACAGAGCUAUAGCCAAAAAGCUCUUAAUGGGCUUGAGAGCCCUUGGCUGCCAUGGAAAAAUAUUGGAACUUUCUAUAUCACAAUACAAAAACUUCAGUGACAAGGGGAUUCAGGUAAAACUGCCUUUUUCUUGGUAUUCCCUGGAAGCCCCUCUAAUAUAUAACCAGGGAUACAGAGAUGAAGCAAGUAAACAGAGCUCCAUCUCUUUUGAUUGCAAAUCUAAUUCGAAUGCUAUUUGCAAAAGCAUAAUACUGGAACACUGCCACAUCUCUUCCUGCCCUCAGCUGACAGAUGAAGCUGUGAAAACAAUGGCAUUUCACUGCCACACACUGACAUCUGUCAACAUAGGAGGUUGCCCAAAGAUUAUUGAUACAUGUAUCCAAUACUUGGCUGCAGCCUGCCAUUAUCUCCCCUUCUUGGACAUUUCAGGUUGUAUUCAUCUUACUGACAAUACCUGAAAUAUCUUGAAAGGCUGUGAGCAACUUCAAAUUCUCACAACACUGUACUGUAGAAAAAUUACCAAACAAGCUGUCUUGAAAUACACAGCUGAACUGGAGAAACAGGAACAUAAUGAUGCUGACCAGCCUUCCUGGCUUGGAUAUGGCUGGGAUGGCAACAUAAUCACCUUCACCAAAAAACACAGAUCAGAGCCUGAAAAAACAAACUCUUCAAAAUGAAAAAUUAAGAAAUUGUGCAGCAUCUCUACAGUUCAAGGGUUUUUCUCCAGAGCAUGAAAAGACCACUGUGUUAUUUUUUCUUAAAACUAAUCACACUUUAUUAAAAGGCUAUUUGUUGCAUUAGCAAGGAAGCAUAGCAAAUCUUUCUCACAGGUGUAUGAAUGCCUUCAAGCAAGACAGCUGCCCUCAGACAGCACUGCUAACUCUCAGAUGUUGAUUCAAGCUGUCUUCAUCUUUCAAUAAUGAAAGUUUUUGUAGUCCCGUGCAGAGUAAGCACUGAAUAAAUCUGCAUGUGUUGGAAGGUUUGUCAUGAAGGUCCACUCCAGGACAUAAACACUGACUCCCCAAAGAAUUUCACACUUGAUGUGGCUGGUACUCAUCAAGUACAGUCUUCUUGAGGAGUUGAGAGCAGUGAGUAGGCAGUGCCUACAGAUUCUUUAAUACACAACUACACCCAUACAGUUAAGCACAGUUCUCCACUUGUGCAGUCAAGAGCCUCAGUCACUUGUGCACCCAGAGCCCUCACUCUCAUAAAAGCCUCUUGGGCUGAGUCCAACUCUCUAAACAAGCUGAUGUUCAUGUCUGCAGGUCUGAACUGGGGGCUGGCUGGCAGCUGAGAGAGCAGAACCAAAUUAAAGGAAGCACAGAUGAAAAAAGUGUUAAGAGUAUAAAUUUUUUCCAGUAACAAGAAUGUCUUCUCAUCAAAUGGACAAAAAAAGAUAUAUGGGCACACAAGGGAUUUGCCAUUCAAAUUCUAAUUGCUGAUAACCUACUUAUCUUCCCUUGUCUAGAGAAAAAUACAGUUUCACCUCAUUAGAGCAGAACAAGAUAUUGUUCAAUGCCUUUAGGGAAACUCAUAAGGAAGGGUUUGUCCUUCUUCAACUCAUUCUUGACCUUUAUAUUAACAUCCUAGCUGGUCUCAACAUGUUUUAGCUUGGAAUGAAUAUAAUCAGUAGCUUUAGUGGUAGCACAAUUUUUCUGCUGGCUGAUUUAAACUUCUUUAAGCAAGUAACUAACAAGUUUGAUGUUCAGCUCCUGCUAGAUUUAGAAAAUGGAUGAAUUCAAAGUCUGAGUUUCCUUUCUUUUGAAUAUGGAACAAAUAACAUGUUUCCUUACUAUGCUCUCCCUUACAUUUUUGCUGAUGCUGCAGUCUUAAAAAACACAAACUUAAUCUCAGAGGCUGACAGGCUUUGUAUUUCAGGUGAAUAGUGGGAUCAUUAAAUGGAUUCAAUCUUCUGAAAUACCUACUAGACUGUUUUCAUGUGGUGUGAAUUUUGAGGUGCUUUUUCACUUUGGCUGCAGCAGGGCAUAGAAAUCAUAAGUUUCAAAUAUUUUUCUGGAUAUACAAAACCAUUAUAAUUUAUUAAUUUUGUAACUUUUAAAAGUAUAAUAACUCAUAAUAAUAUUGAAAUGCCUUUAGUAAUACUAUUAUAAAUGUUUUAUAUAUUAGUGUUUAUAUUAAAAAUACAUAUAAUUUGUCAUAUGCAUCAGUGCCCCCCUCAUCCCAACAAGCAGUACACACAACAAUAAACAGGAGGUGGAAUUUUUAACCACCCUGAAUUAUAGCAGAUAUGCUGCCCUUAACUCUUGAAGUCCAUUAGCCAGGGAAAAUUAUACCUCCUGGGGAAUCCUGUGGCAAAGAAGUUAAUUUCAUAAUGUACCAUUAUGAGCUAAAGAACACACACAUAUAUACAAAACUUAAAGCCUGAGAUGACAGUCUGAAUUCUCUCCUGCUCCUCACCAUCCCCUCAGCUGGCAGGAAUUCUGACAUUUCAGCUUAAAACACAAAUUUCACUACUCCUUUUACAAGGUGCCAUGGAGAUGCAUGGAAAGGCUUUUAAAAGCCUCAUUUACUUUACUGUGUGCUCGUUUUACAGUAACACAGAACCCUCCACAAAAACCAGAGCUGCCUUGUGCAGACCUACCUGCUCCCCUCAGCUCUCCUGCCUCCCAGGGCUGCCUGCAGCUUUGCAGGACAGGGCUCUCAGUCACUGCAGAUGGAGCAAACAAAGAGAUUCCAGCUCUCAGCCACAAGGGCAACACUUCCAUUCUGUGGCAGCUUCUCCUUCAAGGGAAUGCUCAGGUGGACUCCACUGAAGUCCAGUUGGAGGAUGCUCCUCCU